GGUCCUUCAUUCACCUCAGUCUGACUGCACCCAACCUCUGUGUUAAUGGUGGUUCUUGAAUAAUUGAACUCCCUCUUCCCCAGGAAGGCAGACAAUGCAGAAGGAAUUAAAUACGAUGAAAAAUGAGGAUGUAUGUUUCAAUGUUGACAAAACACACACAUCACACUGCCUGCAGCCAAUGGACCCUGAUGUGAAGUCUCACAGAACUGCACCACUCAGUGAAGAAUUCAGGGCACAGCUUGCACAGUUCCAGUAUGGUCCUUCCCUGGGGGAUAUAGAAACCUUUCAUGGAUCCUUAGAAGGAGGGUCCCGGAAACGCAAAAGCAUGCCCACAAAAAUGCCUCACACUAUCCCCACAGGAGAUCCUACAUCACCAUCACAUGGAUCUGAAAACAACAAUGUAUGCUCCCCCAGUCUUUCUUUGAUGUACCAACAACCCACACAGCCCAAAUACAACUCCCAAAUGAUUGAUCUGUGUAACAUUGGCUUUCAGUUCUACAGAAAUCUGGAGCACUUUGGAGCCACGCCCAUUAAACAAGAACCAGUAAAGCCCAACAUGAUGUGGCCCAACACUUCUGCAUUUGUGCAGACUCCUUACUCUUAUUACCCAAAAGUCCACCCUGGCCUGAUGUUUCCUUUUAUUAUGCCCCCAAACUUCCAUUUCAGGAAUUCCUUCCAACUGAAAAGACCCCUGGAGCCAGCAUUCAGGAGGACUGAACUGAGGGAAAGUGGUGACAGUAAACAGAAGGUGGAAAGAGUAGAUGUCAACCUCCAGAUUGACGACAGCUAUUAUGUUGAUGUAGGGGGAGAACAAAAACGAUGGCAAUGCCCAAUGUGUGAAAAGUCCUACACUUCCAAGUACAACCUGGUCACCCACAUCUUGGGACAUAGCGGCAUCAAACCUCAUGCUUGCACUCGGUGUGGCAAGCUUUUCAAGCAGCUGAGUCACUUGCACACUCAUAUGUUGACACACCAGGGCACUCGACCACAUAAGUGCCAGGUGUGUCACAAGGCUUUCACCCAAACCAGUCACCUGAAGAGACAUAUGAUGCAACACAGUGACAUCAAGCCCUACAACUGUAGGAUCUGUGGCAGAGGUUUUGCCUAUCCAAGUGAACUGAAAGCCCACGAGUCCAAGCAUGAGAGUGGCCGAGAGAACAUUUGUGUGGAGUGUGGUCUUGACUUUCCAACCCUGGCCCAGCUGAAGAGACAUUUAACAACCCAUCGAGGUCCUAUACAAUACAAUUGCACAGAAUGUGAUAAAACUUUCCAGUACCCAAGCCAGCUGCAAAAUCACAUGAUGAAGCACAAAGACAUCCGUCCAUACAUCUGUACUGAAUGUGGCAUGGAGUUUGUACAGCCCCACCAUCUCAAGCAACACUCUUUAACCCACAAGGGUGUGAAAGAGCACAAAUGUGGGAUCUGUGGCCGGGAGUUUACUCUGCUAGCCAACAUGAAGAGACAUGUGUUGAUCCACACCAAUAUCCGAGCCUACCAGUGUCACCUGUGCUUCAAGAGCUUUGUGCAGAAACAGACUCUGAAGGCACACAUGAUUGUUCACUCUGAUGUCAAGCCCUUUAAAUGCAAGCUGUGCGGGAAGGAAUUUAACAGAAUGCACAAUUUAAUGGGACACAUGCACUUGCAUUCAGACAGCAAACCAUUCAAGUGUCUCUACUGUCCCAGCAAAUUCACCUUGAAGGGAAACCUCACCAGACACAUGAAAGUCAAACACGGGGUCAUGGAAAGAGGAUUUCAUUCUCAAGGUUUUGGAAGAGGAAGAAUUACGCUGUCCCAAACAGGUGUCUUGAGAAACUUGGAACAGGAAGAGCCUUUUGACCUUUCCCAGAAAAGCCAAGGGAAAGGAAUUUCAUUUCAUUCUGAUGGUGAGAGUGCCAAGGGAAGCUCAUGUCAGGAGGAAGAAGAAGACAACUGCUAUGAAGCAGAGCAGUACAGUCCUGUCAUGUACCAUCAUGAAAACAACAAGCUGUAUAUGCCCCGAGAUCUGUCUAGCAAACCAGACUACGUGGUGAAAGAUUUCAAAGAGUCCUACUGUGAUGAGAAGGAGGAAAUGUUGAGAGAAGUAGGACUGGAGAAGGGGAAAGGAAAUCAAGACAAAGAAGAGAACCAAGAGGAGAGAGGCUUUGCGAAUAACAAGGAAUGCCUGAGCUUUAGACCCUUUGAAAAGGCCAGACUCAGCCAUUCUCUCUCUGAUUACCUAUACUUCAAACACAGGAAGAACAGUUUAAAAGAAUUACUGGAAAGGAAAAUGGAAAAACAAGCAAUGCUUAUAGGCAUCUAAAUUGACAAUUUUUAAGUUACACUUGGAAACUGAGAACUAGGCAGUACAAUCAUGGCUCUUAACAUGAAUUGUGAUUGCCAAAGAUUGACAGCUUGUAAA